UUGGAUAUUGGGGAGCAAAUUUGGGUGUGAAAUCUUCAUCAGAGGAGCACGCAGAGUCCAUGAUGGCUCAGACUGAGUGAGUGCAAGGCAGUGCGAGGACGCCCCUUCGCUCACUCGCGGCGCGCCUGGACUCGCAGAGUCGCUUCGGCUCCAGGCUCUCCACGAUUUCUCUCUCGCAGACUUUUUCCCCUGGUCUUGAGCGAUCCUGUGCCCAGAGGGGGCUCGAGCUGCACAAGCUCAAGAUGAAGAAAAGUCCAGGUGUCUCUGGCUAUCUUUGGGCCUGGACCCUCCUUUUGAUCACAUUGACUGGAAGAAGCUCUGGACAACCGUCACUACAAGAUGAACUUAAAGAUAAUACAACUGUCUUCACAAGGAUUUUGGACCGACUCCUAGAUGGUUAUGACAACCGCCUGAGACCAGGAUUGGGAGAGCGUGUAACUGAAGUGAAGACUGACAUCUUCGUCACCAGUUUUGGUCCUGUUUCAGACCAUGAUAUGGAAUAUACAAUAGAUGUAUUUUUCCGUCAAAGCUGGAAGGAUGAAAGGUUAAAGUUUAAAGGACCAAUGACAGUUCUCCGAUUGAAUAACUUGAUGGCAAGUAAAAUCUGGACUCCAGAUACUUUCUUUCACAAUGGAAAGAAGUCAGUGGCCCACAACAUGACAAUGCCUAACAAACUCUUGCGGAUCACAGAGGAUGGCACUUUGUUAUACACCAUGCGGCUGACGGUGAGAGCUGAAUGUCCAAUGCACUUGGAGGACUUCCCUAUGGAUGCCCAUGCUUGCCCACUAAAAUUUGGGAGCUAUGCUUAUACAAGAGCAGAAGUUGUUUAUGAGUGGACCAGAGAGCCCGCACGUUCAGUAGUUGUAGCAGAAGAUGGGUCACGCCUCAACCAGUAUGAUCUUCUUGGACAAACAGUAGACUCUGGGAUUGUUCAGUCCAGUACCGGAGAAUAUGUUGUUAUGACUACUCACUUCCACUUGAAGAGAAAGAUUGGCUAUUUUGUUAUUCAAACAUACCUGCCAUGCAUAAUGACAGUUAUUCUUUCCCAAGUCUCUUUCUGGCUCAACAGAGAGUCUGUACCAGCAAGAACUGUCUUUGGAGUGACAACUGUGCUCACCAUGACAACAUUGAGCAUAAGUGCCAGAAAUUCCCUCCCUAAGGUGGCUUAUGCCACCGCUAUGGAUUGGUUUAUUGCAGUAUGCUAUGCCUUUGUAUUCUCAGCUCUGAUUGAGUUUGCCACUGUAAACUAUUUCACCAAGAGAGGUUAUGCUUGGGAUGGCAAAAGUGUGGUUCCAGAAAAGCCCAAGAAAGUGAAAGAUCCUCUCAUUAAGAAAAACAACACCUAUGCUCCAACUGCAACCAGCUACACCCCUAAUAUGGCCCGGGGAGACCCUGGUUUAGCCACCAUUGCUAAAAGUGCAACUAUAGAACCGAAAGAAGUUAAGCCUGAAACAAAACCACCAGAACCCAAGAAAACCUUUAAUAGUGUCAGCAAAAUUGACCGACUGUCAAGAAUAGCCUUCCCGCUACUAUUUGGAAUCUUUAAUUUAGUCUAUUGGGCGACAUAUUUAAACAGAGAGCCUCAGCUAAAAGCCCCUACUCCACAUCAGUAGGUCUUUUAGUCACAUUCUGUGUUGUUCAGUCCUCUGCACUUGGAAUUGCUUUCUGUUCUUAAAUGCAGCAAUUCCCAUCUGCUUUAUUUCCUCUGUCUUAAAUAAAUUGAAGGUUUCCUAUUUAUACAAUUCAUACAAGAACAAGAGACCCCUGUCUG